CCGUCUGUCCACCCGUGUCACGUGACCGCGUGUUGACGGAAAUGCUUCAGGAAUGGCGAGAAACGAAGAGAAACAGCUUGGAAAAUUGAAUCGGCUGUGGCUCCAAAAAGAGAGAGAGGAGGGUCGCUUACAAGAUGUUCACGUGUCAAGGCCAAAGCUUGCGACGUUAAACUCGGUGGCAGCAGUGAAAAAGUGGAUGCCGAGCAUCAAGAAGGAGAUAGAGUACUAUCUACAGCAGUCGCAGUUAUCUCACUACCCAGAGAGGAAGAUAGAUGAGUUCCGUCGACAUAUUGAGGAACUAGAGGUCGAAUACAAACGCUACCUAAAGAAACUACGCUCCCUGGACCCUACCUGCAAACACAAGCCUUGGGAACCUCGAGCAUAUGCCAAAAGGAGGCAGGAUCCAGACAGCAAUCAAAACACCUCUAAAAAACUGCGCCUCCACAGCCCAAGCGGCCCCAGCAGCCCCAGCAGAGAACAAGAGGAUGUUAAUGAGAACACCAACCGAGAGGAAGCAGGAAACCACACAUCUCACACUAAUAUUCGAGAGCUACCCACCCCAUUAGCUCGUGCUACCACCCAAGCUUUCGACCCUCCAAACCAGGACCUCCCUCUAUGCUUCGAUCAGUCCCGACUCGCUGUGGCGGUGGCCAGUUCACGUGUGGCUCUUGCCGGCCAGCAGCAGGACACCGGUACACUGACACGAGUGCUGCUCACUGGCCUGCCCAACCUCCACAGCCUUCCGCUAGCACAGACCACAGCAAAAGAAUCAACACGUAAGCAAUCCAGUGCUGAAACAGGCCAGAAUAAAACUGAACAUUUAUUGGGACUCGGCUGCUAUUCGUCAUCCUCAGAUGAGGAGAUAUAACGCAAGUGAAAUUCAGUUUGUUAAAUGAUAAAAUAUCAUUAUGAUUAGGUGAUUAUUUUGUGUUUUCUGUGAAAUACACGUUUAUGCACAUUUAAAGGGAUAGUUCACCCAAAAAUUAAAAUCGUCAUUUACUUACGACAGCGUUUUAGUGGCAAGAAAAAAAAGCUAAAAAAAUAAAUAAAUAAAAAAAAAGGCGAAAUAUUCUGAGCAUAAAGUCAAAAUUCUAAAAAUAAAAUCAAAAUGUUUCGAGAAUACAGUAAAAAUUAUUAAAAUAAAGUAGAAGUGUUUCGAGAAUAGUGUCAAAAUACUUUGAGAAUUAAAUCAAAAUUACGAGAAUUAAUUUGAAGCAAUUACGAGAUUAAAGUUAAAAUAUUCUGUUGCACAUAAAUAGUAAAUAUUAUUUUUGGUCAUUUACUGUAUUAUACCGUGAAUAAAACAUCUUGUGAACAGUCACUUACACACCUUAAGAAGAGACAACAAUAUAACUUAUAUUAAUGAGCUGGAGUCCACUUAAAUCUUUAGAAUGUUUCAUUGUUGUUUUUAAUUAAAUACAUGUGAGGAAUGAAAGAUUGGAUGCCACAGACGUUUUUGUGGAGUAGGUGGUGGAAUCUUCACAAAGAAAACAGUUUCAUUACUGAUUCACAUGAAUACAGCGAUGUGUCGUACCACAUUAAACGUGAAAAACACAUUAUUGUAAGACACAUUGUAUUUUGCUAUAAAACUGACAGAUUUUGAAAGCUGAGACUUUGUUUUAUUUUAAAAGUACCAAAAGCACAAAGCUUAUUGCUGUUACUGGGUGGCUGGUGCACUAAAAAUAGGCCUAAUGAAUGCAGGCGAAGUCAUGAAAUAUUAAGCAUACUGUCCCUGCCAAUAUAACAUAUGGUAUGAUUUCUGUUAAUAACGCCACAUGUAUUAUGGCGUUAUAUAAAUAAAAAUAAAUUCUGGUGGCCUCUCAACUUCACCCGGUGCUCCCAGUCUGGGCCAUUUGUAUGCACAGGCUAUACUCUCAAAAUAUUACAACUUUAAUUGCUGUGAUUUAAUUCUUGUAAUUUUGAAUUUAUUCUCAAAUCAUUUCAACUUUAUUCUCGAAACAAUUUGACUUUAUUUUCAUAAUUUCGACUUUAUUCUUGAAACAUUUUGACUUCAUCCUCAUAAUUUUGACUUUAUUCUCAUAAUUUCGACUUUAUUCUCGAAACAUUUCAACUUUAUUCUCAGAAUUUCGCCUUUAUUCUCGAAACAUUUCGACUUUAAUCUCAAAACAUUCUUACUUUAUUCUCAUAAUUUUGACUUCAUUCUCGAAACAUUUAGACUUUAUUCUCAAAAUAUUCUGACUUUAUUCUGAAAACAUUCUGAUUUUAUUCUCAUAACUUUGAUUUUAUUCUUGAAACAUUUAGACUUUAUUCUCAUAAUUUCGACUUUAAUUCUUGAAACAUUUCAACUUUAUGCUCAUAAUUUUGACUAUUCUCGAAACAUUUCAACUUUAUUCUUGAAACAUUUCGGCUUUAUUCUCAAAACAUUUUGACUAUUCUCGAAACAUUUCGACUUUAUUCUCAUAAUUUUGACUUUUUCUUGAAACAUUUCAACUUAAAAGUCUAAAUGUUUUAAGAAUAAAGUUGAAAUGUUUCGAGAAUAUUCUCGUAAUUUCAACAUUAUUUUCAAAACAUUACAACUUUAAUCUCAUAAUUUUAGAUUAAAAAAAAUGUAGGCACUAAAACGCUGUCGUAUUUAUUCACCCUCAUGUCGUUCCAAACCCAUAAGACUUGGGAUAAUCUUUGAAAACACCAAUGAGGAUAUUUUUAUUAAAUCUGAAAGAUUUCUGUCUCUCCUUUGAAAGUCCAGGUAACUAAAGCCGGAAUCAACCGGCUUAAUUUAAGUAGUUUUACUGAUGAACAGAUUUAAUUUGCACACACAAGAACCACUGAGGUUUGUUUUAGCAUGUGACACACAAAAGUCUGUUUAUUAUAUGGGAUUUGCAAUAUGUAGGUGCUGUAUAUGCAAAUAAAAGACUAAAUUAACUUCAGACAACCUUGAUUAAACUGCUCAAUUGAUACGGAUUAAUUUUUUUCGACGCCUUUAUAACCUUUGAAGGGAACCCUUUAAAGGGUAUUAAGACUUGUAUGGGUUAAUAUAAUGUAAAUGAUGUCUCGUACAAAAAUAUAUAGCCUAAAUUAGCCAUCAUACUUUUCUGACUGUAUUUACAUUUGCUUGAGCAACUUACAAAUCUAGAAGUCAAAUGCAUUGAAUGAUACAUUGUUUAUAUUUAUUACGUGAAUAUGUUUAUGAACGAUAGUAUUACUGUACUGUGAUAAAAGUGGAUCACAAUGCUAAAAAAGCAUUUUUAGUAACAACAUUUGAAUUUGAAAUCAAAGUAAUGGAUGUUGUGUUUGUGUUAAAUGGCUUCAGAUUAACAGCGGGCUGCAAACGCGUCCUGUGUAAAAGUACAAUGAGCCCGUGCUGCUUCUGCACCGCAUAUGUAAAGUGCAUGGACUGCAUACGCACUGCAAACAGAGUAUGUGUGAAACAGGCGUUGGUCGCAGUAUCAAAUACAAGCCAGUCUCUCUUUGAUUCAUUGUUAGUAGAACACACACUCUCGCUAACGCCGAGAACCGCCAUGACCUUUAUGACUUUCUGGGGUUAUGCCAUUGAGGUGGCAUAACCCCAGGUAUGUGUCGCCACAUUCUCGGAAGAAUAAAGAAGGGAAAAGAUAAUCUUCUGAAAUGAAGCAGCAAUAUCUUCUGAGGUAAAACUUAUUAAGACCAAGUCUAGGGACAAGCUAGCCAUCACACUGCUCUGACCUUAUCAGCCCAUAUGUAUCCUAUUAUUUAAUUUGCUCUUGUCGCUUAUGACAAACAGUUAAUCUUGAUGAUCUUGUCUUCUGAAAAGUUUAUUUUAUUGGCAUACGUCAGAAACAGCAGAUCUCCUUAAAAACUGGCUGUUGUUCUUACUACAUUGCAUUGUUAUAAUUCGUAAAAGUUUUACCCUUCAACAGGCGAAUGACACUGUUACAUAUACUCGCCAACGCCACAUUUGGCACGUGGUGAGUGUUAAUUUCAGGCCCUGGAUGUAGGUCUUCACUGCUUUUACUAGCAAUAAGAAGAGGAGAAAUGAAUGGGAAGAUGCCUGUGGAUGAAUAAAACUUUUCUAAAGACCUUCGUCUUUGUUCUGCAUCUUUUGCUAUACUUUAGCCCUGAUCCCUUUGCGGUUUUUAGCAGACCACAGCUACUGAAAGAGCUUACAAAUGGCAGAGACAAGAAA